AUGUCGAUGACUAUUUUACCUUUAGAGUUAAUUGACAAAUGCGUUGGAUCAAAUUUAUGGGUGAUUAUGAAGGGUGAGAGAGAAUUCGUGGGCACUUUGGUUGGCUUUGAUGAUUAUGUGAACAUUGUCUUGAGAGACGUUACCGAACAUGACACGAUUCAUGGUACAACAGAAAAGCACUCGGAAAUGCUUCUAAACGGAAAUGGGAUGUGCAUGUUGAUACCGGGAGGCAAACCCGAAUAA